AUGGCAAGACCCAGAGUAACGCCGUGGAAGGAUUUCUCCCAACUUGUUUCAGUUCGAGAUCAAUUCUAUCUCAAGACAGCCGACGGGGAAGAUUGCCGGGCUAAGGCUUGUUCGUUGGUCUGGGUAUGGAAAGUCAGAGGGAAUCUGCCACACGCCAUUGAAGCCACCGCACUAUUGACAGACGCAAUAUUACACGAUGAUCCGGAGAAGAACUCUAUCUUUUCUAUCCGAGCUGCCUACUCCUUGGCUUUCUGCCGGUUUGUAACCGGGUUAGUUGACUCGAAGCUUCAUGGUCGAAAACAAUCUAUGUAUCAAAAGGCAAUGGCUGUCGGCAUACCAGCUUCGUUUGUGGAGUUACGCCAUGAAGCUACUCACAGGGAUUUGCCGUCACUUGUGGUUCUGAGAGAUGCCGCCCAGAGAUCUAUGGAAUGGCUAUGGGAAUUUUACUGGGCUAAGAUCGAGGAUGAUCAUAGCUACCUAUAUAAACCUUCCCCGGAUGCAGCCAGAGAAAACAUAGAAGAGGCAGGUGUAUUGGAUCUGCUAGGCGUUGUGCGGAAGACGCUGAAACCCCUUGCCGACCAGAUAAAUAAACCUGAGAAAGGUAGUCGGGCAAGCAUUAAGACAAAACAAGGACUAGAGAUAGAGGAGAACAGCAUACGGCAACUCAUUGCCCUAUGCCGCCGAGAAAAUGAGGCUGGCGCUCUACUGGCAGAAAUGUUAUUAGAUUCAGACACUGGCAUUCUCGUAUCGUGUGUAAAAGGGUACGAAGAAGGGGAUGAGUUUCCACCUUCAUUCAACGCCUGGGAUGAGGUAUUGAGAAGGUUAUGCCAAUCUCACCCGCCACUCGUCACUGCAUUGGUUGAGGAAAUGGCUUCCAUAAUAGUUUCUGCUGAUACAAGAUGCUCUAAUAAUGGGAAGAGACAAAUCUUUAGAGGCCCAGACGAUGAUUCGUACGUGGAUGAUGUCUUCUCGUGGCUAGAGCAUAUUCUUACCGCGCAAGUGUGGGCUGGAAUAUGUUAUCGAUACCUCGUCUUGUCACACAUUGAAGCAUCCUGCAGUGCACCAGGGACAACUGCAGGGUAUUGGGCUAAGCAGAUACACGAUCUGCUGCGUCACCAAAUCACUCCCGCAUCAGAGAAGAUGAAAAUCGAUCGCUUGAAGCCGUCAGCCGUUCCAGACACCUCAACUGAUCCAGAUUCGGACAUAGCAGUGCUACGGGACUACGGGUGGGAUUUUGGACAACAGAUAACAUACAAGCCGAUAGGCACUGUCUGA